CCUAAAAAAAACUGAGUGAGGCAACAAGGUCGUCGUCGUGGCAGGGCAGCGCGUUGGGAGCUACGCGACGCCCACAGACACACUCUCCUCCAGUCCUCCGUGCUACGCCAUCUCAACAACAGGGGGCCUCGUCCUCCUCCUCCGUGGCCCGGGCGGCCGGAGCUGUCUGCCUCUGCGUGCGUGCGCGCGCGUGCGUGUGUCACUGCCGCUGCGCUGCUCUGCGCAAUAAAUAAGCCAUUCUCCGCUCGGAGCCCUUCUCCCCUCUCUCGCCCCUCGCCCAUGGGACCGCCUUGACUUUUCGCGUCCCCGUUGAGUGCCGCAUCUGCAACUCCUGAGAGGAGAAUCCAUCCUUCCUUCUUCCCUGUUGCACCCGGCGGCGGCAAUCUUCGAGGCGAUUUCUUGUUGUUGGUUUGGCAUUUGGAUGGGGAACUGCGUGCCGAGCGGGGACACGGCGGUGACGGCGUCCGUUGCGGAGGAUGGGAAGCGGCGGCGGCGGAGGUGGAAGGCUCCGCGGGAGGACCAGCUGGGGACUGUCCCCGGCCGGAUCUUCGCCAACGACGGCCGCAGCCGCACUGCGUCCGUCUUCACGCAGCAGGGGCGCAAGGGGAUCAACCAGGACGCCAUGCUCAUCUGGGAUGGGUUCGGCGGGGAGGACGAUGGCGUGCUGUGCGGGGUGUUCGACGGGCACGGGCCGCACGGGCACCUGGUGGCGCGCAGGGUCCGGGACUCGCUGCCGCUGAGGCUCAUGUCCGCCGCCCGCGCCUCGGCAAAGAACGGGCAGGACAUGACGGACGCCGCGUGGAGGAAGGCCUUCGCGCGCGCCUUCAAGGCCAUGGACAAGGACCUCCGCUCCCAUCCCUCCCUCGACAGCUUCUGCAGCGGCAGCACUGCCGUCACCGUUCUCAAGCUUGGCUCGGAUCUUUAUAUGGCAAACAUUGGGGACUCGCGGGCCGUGCUGGGCUCAAGGGACGCCAUCGCCGGCGGCAUGGUAGCCGUGCAGCUCACCGUUGACCUUAAGCCCGAUGUCCCCAGCGAGGCGGAGCGGAUCAAGAAGUGCAAGGGCAGGGUGUUCGCGCUGCAGGACGAGCCGGAGGUGCCGAGGGUUUGGCUGCCGUUCGACGACGCCCCGGGCCUGGCGAUGGCACGGGCCUUCGGGGACUUCUGCCUGAAGGAUUACGGUGUCAUCUCGGUGCCGGAGUUCUUCCACUGGUCUCUCACGGAGAAGGACCAGUUCGUCAUCCUUGCAUCCGACGGGGUGUGGGAUGUCCUGAGCAACCAACAGGCUGUUGACAUAGUGUCCUCGUCCCCAAGCCGUUCAAAGGCGGCAAAGACGCUUGUCGAGGCAGCUACCCGUGAAUGGAAAACCAAGUAUCCAACAUCCAGGACUGAUGACUGCGCAGUCAUUUGCUUAUAUUUGGAUGGUAAAAUGGACCAUGAGCGUGACUCUACUGCCUCCAUGGACAACAUCAGCAUUGAUGAUUGUUCAGUUGCAGAUCCUAACGAAGCGCCUGAACAGGAGCCCACCUUAACUAGGAAUUUCACAGUUAGGACAGUUCCGGGAAGUGCUCAUGAGAAAGCUUUGGCGGGUGUGGACACCAAACUUUCCGGCGCAGCUGACGAUCAUAAUUGGUCAGGCCUCGAUGGAGUGACGAGGGUGAACUCACUUGUUCAGCUUCCCAGGUUUUCAGAGGAGAAGGCUAUUGGUUGAGGAGUUGUCUUGUCAUUCUUGUUUCCCUGCUGUUGUUGUUCUGGUUUAGCUUAGUUGUCAGUUGUUUCAGAGAUAAUUGUAGAAAUGAAAAACAGUCUUCUGGUGUGGUGCUUGACUGCUUCCGCGAGCCUUCCAGCCACUGUGCUUAGAGUCCGAGGUGCACUUUUUAGCCCAACAAAACUGCACACCUUUGGUGUCCCUCAGUUGAUAAAAAUUGGGCGCCCACAAUGAAAGGAUCAAACAAAGCUUGCAAUUUUGUUGGGUUAAAACGAGCAGCUGAUGGUCCUAAACGCAGUGGUCGUGUGGCACGCUGAGCAGGCCCCAGGGAUCUGAGAUGAUUAUAUUGUCGGGUGAUCUGUAAAUUCCCCACCGGCACUUGGUUUGUAGAGAGAUCGAUGUGAUGUCCAGACUCUUUUCCGCUGUAGCUUUUGUUGACAGAAGGCAAUGAACGCCUUGUGUCGGGUUGCCAAUUCGCUAGCCGUUCUUCGCUUU